CCCUCAUCUCUCAUCCUGAGUUUAUAGUUAUUAAUGUGGCAUGAUAGACUAGAACUUAUGUAUAACAACAAAUUCCGAUUUGGAUCACCACCAGAGAGGCUCCAAAAUGCUAAAUAAGAAAGUUAAAGCAGCUGCUGUACAUGCCGCCCCAGUAUACAUGGAUAAGGCUGCCAGCCUACGUAAAGUGAUUGACACCAUUUCCGAUGCAUCACACAAGUCCGUCAAGCUUCUUGCUUUCCCCGAAGUUUUCGUACCUGGAUUUCCCUACUUCACGAACUGCUAUGCGCCCAACGCUUCGACGGUAGCGCUAUACGCGGCGCAGAGUGUCGUAGUACCAGAUGACCUCGGCGAAGUACAAGCCGUAUGUGCGAAACACGAAAUGGUGGUCGUCUUGGGUAUUUCCGAGCGUAUGCGUAAUGGAUACACGUUAUUCAACAGCAUCGUGACUAUCGACGCAGACGGUACCAUCUUAGGAGUCCAUCGCAAGGUUCAACCUACAUGGGCCGAACGACUUGUAUGGGGACAGGGGUCUGGCUAUACGCUCAAAAGCUACGAGCCCAAAGGUACUGGUUAUAAAAUCGGUGCGCUUGCGUGCUGGGAGCAUACCAUAAAUGGGGCUCGGCAAGCCCUUAUCGACCAGGGCGAGCACAUCCAUGUUGGCUGUUGGCCGGCCCUCGAUACUCUCGAGGGUUUCGAGGAUGUGGCGUGUUUACAAAUUGAAGCAUUGAUGAAGACGCACGCUUUGACUGCGCAAGUGUUCGUACUUUGUCCUAGUAGCUACGUUGACAAGACAUGUCUACAGUGGAUGGAAAAGAAUCUAGGUCCACAGGACAAGGUGAAGGCUGGCGGUGGUUGGACUACUAUUAUACACCCCUUUUGCUCGAUCAUCAAAGGCCCCUAUACGGGCGGUAAAGAUAUGAUAAUCGCUGCAGAGAUUGAUCUAUCUGAGUUAAAUCUGGUGAAGGCGUAUGUUGAUGGAGCAGGCCAUUAUAAGCGCCCCGAGCUCUUCAGAUUGGAUGUUAAUACGGAACAAAUAUGGAAAGACGAGCCAGAUAUUGUCGGUCCUAUCCCGUGGAAUGCAUCAUAACUUCUACAUGCCACCGAUAAUGGUUCUACAAGUUUAUCUUACUAUAUCUGUUUGGUGUUAGGUAUAGUUCCGGUAGGUAUAAGUUGGUGGGUCUUUCGUGAGUCAAUUGAGAACUUGAUUGUUUUCCGUGAUCGGCCGGGUAUAGUAGCGAAUUGAAGGCUUACGAUACGGACUUUCGUGGCAUUCCCUUGCGAUAGUCUAGUGUGUAUUUUUAGUUUAAAUAUCGUAGAAAUUCUGACAUAUUGAC